CACUAAUACAGCUGCACAAAACACCACUAAUACAGCUGCACAAAACACCACUAAUACAGCUGCACAAAACACCACUAAUACAGCUGCACAAAACACCACUAAUACAGCUGCACAAAACACCCCUAAUACAGCUGCACAAAACACCACUAAUACAGCUGCACAAAACACCACUAAUACAGCUGCACAAAACACCACUAAUACAGCUGCACAAAACACCACUAAUACAGCUGCACAAAACACCACUAAUACAGCUGCACAAAACACCACUAACACAGCUGCACAAAACACCCCUAAUACAGCUGCACAAAACACCACUAAUACAGCUGCACAAAACACCACUAAUACAGCUGCUCAAAAGGGUAGCGUUCCAUCAACACAAAAGACCUCUGGUACAGCUGCACAAAAGACGUCUGGUAAAGCUGCAAAAACAAACAAAAAGAGCGCCAGCCUCAGUCAGCUGUCAGACACAGGGCAGCAGUGGGGUUACUUGUCGUGCCGCGUGUUGGCGGCAGACUCUUGCGUGGCGGUGGUCACGGCGGCCGGAAGAAAAAUCACUGUGGCCAAAGGAGACCUUUUUGUCAACAAUGCCCCGCUCCCAGUGAAAGAUAAUGUCGCUUCAAUACUGAAAGAGGUAAAAAAUAUAAACGUAAUAUACACGCAAUCUCAAGAAGUGCACGAAGUCCACGGGCACUCGGUGGAUCUUGUGACACUGGCGGCCUGGGUUGGGAAGAAACCGAGCUUCAUCAACAACAUCGUUGAGCAGCGGCUAUCAGCACUGAAGAAAGUGGCGGUCCCCGAAGUGACUCAGACUCCACCCGCAACCCCCAAAGUGACCCAGACCCCACCCGCAACCCCCAAAGUAACCCAGACCCCACCCGCAACCCCCAAAAUGACUCAGACCCCACCCGCAACCCCCAAAGUGACUCAGACCCCACCCGCAACCCCCAAAAUGACCCAGACCCCACCCGCAACCCCCGAAGUGACCCAGACCCCACCCGCAACCCCCAAAGUGACUCAGACCCCACCCGCAACCCCCAAAAUGAGCCAGACCCCACCCACUAACCUUAAAAAGACCCCGACCCCACCCGCUACCCCAAAAGGAACCCCAGUCUCUCCCGCUCCCCUUCCUGUCGGGGAAACUACAGUGGAUGCUACGUGCAUGAUGAUGAAAAUUUCCCAGGACACCGUGACCCUCGUAGUUCGAAGCAGGUUCCUGCCUGGGAAGUGUGGAACGGUCUACGCCCGCCUCUGUGAUAUAUACGACAACGGGACUCCGUUGACGCAGACCGAGGCGGAGAAGGUAAGAGGCAAAGUGUGGCACUGUCAACUGGAAAUCAAGAAUAAUGGGAAGCAGCUGAUGGUCCCUUUGGCCUGGCGUGGAUUGAAGCCAGUGAACGACGCCUCGUCUAGAAGCACAGCGAGCCAGCAGCCCCGCCAGGCUCUCAGCACCGGCGACCUGACCGGCUCGUCGUCUCGCCCAUCGGGAACCGCCGCCUUCGUCCCCCAAACACCUCCCUCGUCGCCUCCAAAGGUGCUGAGGGGUGAGGUGGCGGAGGUCCUGGCGAAGGGAGGGCUCCUGAAGGGGAACGAUGGCUGUGUCUACCUCUUCCCCCUCGAUGUCUGCUUCCUCUUCGGCGUGUGUCUCCACCAGGUCGAGCCGAGUGAGGUGCUGCGCGUUGGCAUGACGGUGGAGUUCGAGGUUUCGGAAGGGAGGCGCAGAAGGAGAAGCAACGAGGUAGUGGCGGCGGCAGUUCAGCGGGUGUGGGUAGAGGGGGAAGACGCGUCCCUCGCCUUCCCGCCCACUGACUCCAUGAUUGAGUCCUGGUGUAGCGACAACGGCGUCUCCUCGGCCACGCUGGAUGCUCUGAAGCAGGAGGCUGAGCUGCUGUCCCCGAGUCUGUUCCCCACCGCCCUCAAGAUGGAGGCGACCACCACCGUCACCAUCACCAGUUAGGGGCGCCCAGAUGCAGUCGACUGUGCACAUGCAGCCCCGCGUGUAUUCCGUCCACCAGAGUAAUCCAGUAGGCGAGAAGACCGUCGAGGAGAAGGGGCUGGAGGUGGUGGUGGUGGUGGCGGCCAGCCCCUUGCCCUGCAGUGGCUCGACGCUCCUCGCCCAGAUCCUCGCCUCCGCCAGCCACUCGGUGCUGUUCUUCGAGCCGCUCUUCCAGUACCCCAAGGUGCCUUAGUUCCAUAACGGCUCCUGCGUCCUAAGGUUCUUCAAGAGCCUCUUCGAGUGUGCAUUCGACGACAUGUUUGAUGCCUGGUUGAAGUGGAAGAGGAUGUUUGUUGAGUAUUACCAUCGCUCCGUGGCCCGGUUGCUUCCAGUGGCCCAGGGA